CAAGUCAGAACGUCUUCGGACAUGGCGAAGAGCGUCGGUAACGUCCUCCUGUUAGCAUCCGUGCUGUCGUUCGCGCGACCAGACGAGCGGGUGCACUUCAGCAACGAGCACGAGCGACGAUGGAACACGCCGCCGGAACUAACGCCGGAGUCGGUCGUGAAGAUGUCGAGUAAUGGGGAACCUCAGGCUCGUCUUCUCUCCCUCGUCCCUGUCACGGCGACUAUCAGCCUAAACGCGGGACACAACAAUGCGCACUCCGUCAGCCUGGGUGCGAGCCUCGACGGCAUCAGUCUCUCGGAAAGUAACAGCUACGAUCACCCCGCGAGCUUCGGGGUGAAUGAUGGAUCCUCCGUUUCGGUGAGCAAAUCAACGACAGUUUCGGCAGGACUAUCGGGAAUCUCCACCGCGGGUGCGAAAGCUUAUAGUAAUGGUAACAACGCCGAAACCGAAAGCCACUCGCUCAGCUUCGGUCAAGCAUCUGCAACUUCGUUCGGAGCGGUCGAAAAUGGACGAGCUAUCACCGGAGCCGCUUCUUCUGUUGGUACCUCGCAAUCCUUCGCUGUAAGCGGUGUUGGUCAAGGACAAUCCUUGUCGCAAGCUGAUGCAGUCAGUGUGCGAUAUCCAAAUCGGCCGACGUGGAACAACGUUGGUCCAAGCAACGAACAUAAUGGCCGACGCUUCGGACGACCCACCGUGACCAUCUUGAGACCGCAGGAUCAAAGACGGCCGACAUUGAGCAUCGAGGCGCACGAUACGACCAACCGACAGCAAACGCCGACGAUUCACAUCUACAAGUGGCAGCCCAAUCACAGGGUACUUCCCCGGCCAAGUUUGUCGAUUGAACACGAGCUCCGACCGCACGGGUCUUGGAGUGGCCAAUCUCACGGAUCGCCGAGCCUUCAAGUUUCUGUGCCUUACGGCUUUUCGGCCGGUGACUCAGCUUCUCAAAUCAAUACAAGUCCCUUGGACCUCGUAUCCUCGUCAAGCAGUCAGACGCACAGCUUGGGUUACGCUGGAAGUCGCGCUCAAAGUUUCACGUCGUACUCCCAUUGGAAUGCCGGCGAACGGACGCAGAGCAACGUAGCGUCUUCCGGCUACGUUUCUGGGGAUUUCUUCGGUGAAGGUCACGCCAAAGGUACGUCGGCCUCGGGCUAUCGAGGUGGGAGUUCCGUGGCGCAGGUCAACGCUCAGGCCGCUGGGAAUGGACACGCUCAAGGAAUUGCGUCGUCCGAGGCGGAAUCCUCCUUCGUGAGCUUCCCCGAAGGUGAGAGCGCGCUAAGUCCGGCUAUUACAUUGCAGCACGUUAGAGGCCAGGCGAUUUCCAGGCAGGAAACAGAGGAGCAGUUGGACACCGAUAUAGUUUCCAAUCUCGCACAGGCUGUCGGAGAGUUGUUCGACAUUGUGUGAGGGCAGUGAACAUUCUUAACCGUCCGAUAGACGUAAUAUUCGACAGAAUUUCACAUUUUCAAUAUUUUCGUGGUAUUUACAGCGAAAGCGAAACCAGAAAUUACAUUAAUAAUUACAUUA